AGUAAAUUCCCGGGCUUUUGCUGAAUCACGAGUUUUGAUGGGUCCUCCCAGAAACCAGAACCCUAGACGUAAUUACAUCCAUAAUCCAUCAAUAAACCUCCAUUACACCAACCCCACCACCAAUUUCAAGAGAAGAUCCGGACCCAGUAACCGAAUUCACACGACCAACAAUAAGACUGCUCCGGCGGGAUCCGUACCGUCACUACAAGCAUACCCGGGUUCCAAAUGGCCUGUUAAGCCGCCGGUGGAUGUUCCAGCUACACCAUCAUGGCCCCAAUUUAAACCCAAGCAGGAUCAGCCAAGUCGACCCCUUUCAGAUGAAGAGCAGGCCAAAUUGACCUCAAUGAUAAUACAGCAAAAAUUACCUGCUCUUGAUGUUCCAGCUCUUGAUGCCUGCCGAGGAUUCUUCAAAAAUAGAGUUGAUCGUGAUCGAGAUGAUGAUGGAGAGAGUGAGGAUUUUGAGUGUGAAGAUGAAGAUUACCUGCUGGAGAAGGAUGAGGUUGAUGGGAGUGAAGAGUACAAGUUUUUCUGGAUAUAUUGGCAAGACGUACAAGGGUUGUUUAGGACUCAUGCAGCAUUCAAUGGCAAUAUCAAAAACAAAAAGAAGAGUAGCUCACAGAGCUUUUGGACAGCCUCGAGCAAGGCAAAGCUGAAUGCUCUUCCUAAGGUCCUUGAAACUCCUUGUCACGCGAAUGGUCGCGCAAUUGCUGGAAAUGGAAGGUUCAGUACUGGCCCUGACGGUGCCUUCAUUAACAGAAAUCUUGAGUCUGUUCCUAGUCCUGGGACAGGAAAUUAGUUGCUUUCAAGAGGCUGAAAGUUCUGAGUUGCAUGAUAGUCUACCAUAUUUGUGUUUGUGUUAUUUCAUCUAGAAUUUCCCGUUGAAAAAUACGUAAGGAGUGGACAUGAUCAUCAAAGUCAGAAAAUUAAGUGAUUAACAGCAA